AUGAAACAGCUGUGUCGUCGUUUCGGACCAAGCUUUUGGGGCCUUAUCAAUCCACAAUGGAAUAUGUGUAAUAAAGGGCGGCGUCAGUCACCGAUAGACGUAGUGCCAGACAAAUUACUCUUCGACCCAUACCUGCGGCCGUUGCACAUCGAUAAGCACAAGGUUUCCGGUACACUACACAACACAGGUCAAUCGCUUGUCUUCCGCGUCGACAAGGACACAAAGCAACCGGUGAAUAUCACUGGCGGCCCGCUCGCCUAUCGCUAUCAAUUCGAAGAGAUUUACAUACACUACGGCACGGAGAACAGUCGGGGGUCAGAACACUACAUACAGGGUUACAGUUUCCCCGGUGAGAUACAAAUUUACGGCUUCAACAAAGAACUCUACCACAACAUGUCUGAGGCGCAACACAAAUCGCAAGGUAUUGUGGGCCUCUCGCUGAUGGUGCAAAUUGGUGAUACACCAAAUCCCGAGCUACGAAUUAUUACCACCACAUUUAAUAAGGUUUUGUACAGAGGUUUCUCCACGCCCAUACGGCACAUAUCAGUGCGUUCACUGUUGCCAAAUACGGAUCACUACAUCACCUACGAAGGAUCGACAACGCAUCCCGGCUGCUGGGAGAGCACCGUCUGGAUUAUUAUAAAUAAACCCAUUUAUAUUACAAAACAAGAGUUAUAUCAACUCCGACGACUGAUGCAAGGCUCCGAGAGUACACCGAAAGCUCCAUUAGGUAAUAAUGCGCGUCCCGUGCAAGGACUCCAUCAUAGAACUGUAAGGACAAACAUAGACUUUAAGCGUAAUAAGAAUCAAAAUUCAUGUCCGACCAUGUACAAGGAUAUGUAUUAUAGAGCGAAUCGUUGGUCACCAGAUACUGGCUUAUUGAUUCGUUGACCCAACAGA